GACUCCCUUGACUAAAAGCCUCCUCUCCAUGGCUUUUUGGAGCUGGCCUCUGCCUCCCUUCCUAUCCGGUACCCCCUCCCCUGUGCUCACUGCUCUGUAGCCACGCUGACCUUCUGAACAUACACGGAGCUCUUUCUCGCCUCAGGGCCGUGGACCUUGCCUUUCCUCUCUAUAGAGGGCUGAGUCCUUUGGACCCUUCUGACUUCAGAGAGGCUGCCCAAUCCCCCAUGCAACACACAGGGGUUGCUCUCCAUAAGAUUGCCCUUCAAUCCAAGAUUCCCUUGUUUCUUAUCUCCCCCUUCUAGAUCAUAAGCUCAGUGAGGCCAGGCACCUUGUCCAUCUUAGUCACCACUGAAUCCCCCAUGCCUGGAAGAACCUGACACAAAGGAGGCACUCAGUGAGUCCCUGCUGAGUGGGCGUGAGCUGUGUGCUCGAACCUCACCCCCAUCCCCACACACAGACUGGCCCUUCAUGGAAGGCACAGACCCAUGCUGUGGGUGCCCCACACCCCUCCCACGUACUGACCGGCUGGCUGAGCACAGACAUAUCUGCCUCUUCCCUCCAGGACUGGAGUCUGAGGUCACCACCACUGGGUGAUUUAAAAUCCAGUCGUCUGUAAUUCAAGCGCUUUCCACCCCUUCUACUCAAUGCCUGUGGCACAGAAUGCCUCAGUGUUUGCCUCAAUGUCUCUCCAAACAGAGAGCUGCUUUUAAUUUUAUUUUCCUUUGAGUCAGCAAUAUCUAAAAGCACUGGUGUCAAGAUAGCUUAAAUUGCAUGAAAACUCAGCCCCUUUAAUAAUGCACUAUUCACAAUGUAAUCUCUCAUAUACACAAUGCUAGAAUUUUAGAUAUCUUUUUCUUCUACUACUUUUUUACAUUCCUUAAAUAUGUUGCUAUUUUCACCCCAAACACAAUGCUAUAGGCAGUGGAAUUCCUGUACUCUUCAGGGCUGUUUGUCAUCUUAAUGUCUUGUACUGGGCUUUAGUCUCUGUAAACAGUUUCUCAAACUUGAAAUGCCACUCGGUUGCCUUUUGGUUUGGAAACAGAAAUGGUCGUGGGAGGCGGGCGCUGCAAGGGGACAGGCAGAGCCCCUGUGAGGGCGGGGACCACCUCUUUAGCUUUGGAUUCAAUUAGUUGCUCCAGGGUGACCAAAUUUAUAUGAUACUGUUGCAAAAUCAAGAUGUUCACGUAUUAUUCUGGAAUCUGGGAGAAACUUUUCGAACUCUAAGAACACUUAGGUCUGCUCUCAAGGGCACCUCCUUUCCAUUGUCAAUGCAAAACCCACGUGUAGCCCACGGAAAGCAUCCCCUCUCCAAAAGAAAAAAAAAAAAAACCUGUGUGCAUCCUUGUCUUGAUGCUGGGCUCACUUGCUGCAUUCUGACAGGACUAUCUUGCAGAAGACACAGCUCGCUGCAUUCCUGUGGGUCAGGGUCAAGGUCUCCCCUGCAAGUGGCAAACAUUCCCAGUACUGACAUCCUCAGAAGAGGCAGGGCAUCGGCAGCAAAUAGGAAUUCAGGAGGCAGGACUUAGGCAGGAAAGAGAAUUCAAGUUUCUGGACAUGAAGUCUGGAAGGGCCUUGGUACUACCAAGUGGGAGAGGGAGGUCCUGUUUCACUGGGGAGGGUGAGCUGGGUUUAAGCUAAGAACCAUCCUGUGUAGGGACGCCACACUGAGGCGCUCAAAGCCCGUAACCUGUGUGAGAGACUCCAAGGUCUGACAACUGGCAGCCAGUUUCCAACAUACUCUACUUGCCUAUUUUGUUUGGCCUGCCUAGUGUUUUAAAAGGCAACGUAACGAGGCAGCUAUGUUAUGCUUGAACUCAAUAACAAAAAGUUGUCACUUACUAUCUCAAGCCUACCCACAUCACCUCUCUUAACUGUCUGGACAUUGUGGGCAUUAGAGUUUGAGAUCUCUUACCAAAUAGAUGUCUAUUAUCCUUUGGCUAUUUCCCUUCUGAUCACUUAGUAUAAUCUUGCCUAGAAGUUCCAGCUCAGCUCAGCUCAGCUAUAUGUGUUAAUUACAGUUAUUGGAGGCUUCCUUGAGGCCAUGCAAAAAGGAAACCUGACAAGUUUUAAAUCCUUAUUCACAUAAGAUGCCUAUUAUCCCUUAGAGAGAUAACUAUUCUGAAACGAAAGUCUAAAGACAUUAUACAGGAACACCAAAUGAUAUUGUAGGUGACGUUCCCACUACCAUUUUAUCGUAAAUGCAGAAGUGACUUUUAUAUAGCUGCCUCUAACAGGGACCUUCAAUAAAAGCCAAGGAUUUAACUUUAUAGCCCAGUUCAGUGAAGGCAAACCUAAUGCAGACACUUGGAUUAGUCUGACAGACACCAGCCACCAGAUUAGACUUAGGCGAUGGCCAUUUCUCUUCAGAGAACACACCACACUCUCAGCAGUUGCCAUCUUUCGGGUGUCUGUCUUGCUCAGCUGAUCCCUGUCCCUUUCAGACUUGCCUAUUGCCCACAGGAUUUGGCCUCUGCAGCUGUAGUUGUACAGUGAGACCCUCCCCCCCACCCUCUGGCCAUGGAAGAGUGGGUCAGGGAGAGACACCUGACCCCAGAUGAAUCCAUCGGUCUGUCCCCUGGCACUGUGAAAGAAUGCAAAGCAGCCUCUGUGGGGCAGAGACAUGUGAUCUGGUUGCUGGAGUUGGGGGGAGGGGGGUGGGCAGCUAUGCGACACUUGAGCCUGAAGCCAGAGAGAGAGAUGGAGAAAGCCAAUCUGCAAAGAGAGAAAGGAGUCAGGCACACAUGUAGAAAGAAGCAGAGAUGGAAGUGAAGAAGAGAGAAAAAAACAACAACAGAGCCUCCUGCUCCCGAGACCCAGCUGCCCUCCUGUCUUCAGCUCUGUAAGGCAUGUGAUGUCUUUAUUCUCUGUGUUGAUUUAAGCAAGUUUAAUGUUUCUGUUAGUUGCAGCCAAAACAAUAUUGGUGAAAACACACUGAAAGCAGGUUCUUUCUGCAGAUCAUUAUCAUUAAUUCUUAAGCUUGCCUGAUAUUCUGAGAAUGCCACACUGUAGACCUCAUAAUGAUAACAGGAACAGGAGCCUCUCCCUCUCCACUUCUGUCCAGGAAACAUCUGUCCUUCCCCAAGAGAAAGUGUUACCAGAGCUAUCAAAAUGGCCAUAAUUACAACCACCAGGUUAAGCAGGCAUUCCAUCCCUAGGAGAACAGGGCUUGCCUACCAAAUUCAAGUCAGACCUGUACACAGUAGGCACAUAAUAUUUGAAUGACUUAAGAGUUUUCAGCAGAGGAAUACCAUAUCAGGCUUAUAUUUUAAAAUGAUAACUCUCACUGGGUUAAGAAUAGACUGAGGAUGGACAAGGGCAGAAGCAGGGAGACCAUUUAGAAGCUAUGGCAGUAACCCAGGACCAUAAUGUACAGCCAUGCAGGUUGUGCACUGCAGAACUCCAGCAAAAUGUGAAGAGGUACUCCCUGGACAUAUAUAUAAGGGCUGCCAGCCCCGGUGGAAACCAUGGAGCUAAUUAGACGUGGUCAGAGUCUGGCUGUGUUUUGAAGGUAAAGCCCACUGUGAUUUACUGACCAAUUAAAUGUAGGCUAUGAAAGAAGGAAGAAUCAAAGAUAUUUCCAAGAUUUUUCGUGCAGAUGUAAAAAAAUGACAUUAGUACAACUGACAGUUUAAGGAGCCAUCCUAUUCAUAAGCGCUUACAUUUCAAAUCAGAGCGUACAAGCCCAGCAUCCUGGUCCUCAGCAGGCCCCUCCAAGUCAUAUCUCCAACUAUACUUCUCUCAACUACUCAUUAUACCAUUUGCCACCAUCUCUCAAUAAGCCCUGUACUUUCCAAUUUUUGUGCCUUGCUCAUCCUAUACCAAAUCUGAGGUCUCCUUCAUCCAGUAAGCCCUAACUGAUUCAAAUAACCUCCUUCAAGAAACCUUUCCUGAUCCCCUAAAUCAAAAAUCAAUCUCUUGUUGCGGGACUUCCCUAGCAGGUCAGUGGUUAAGACGCCGCGCUCCAUAUUUGCAUUUUCACUGCUUCCUUAUGUGCCUCUGAAAUAGCACUUAACCUAGGCCGGGUAGUAUUAGAGGUAUCUCUGCUUAUAACCAUUCACAGCACCCCGCUCCGCCAUCUGACCACCAGUCUCAACCUGGAUUGUUUCAUUGACCUCCGGCUCAUCCAGAAUGACUGCUCUGGUGUCUGACAGGAAGCAGCCACUCUGUAAAUGUGUAUUGAGAGACUAUGCGAGCUACACUCAUUUCAAAGUUCAGCUUCCUCGCCCGCCACGGGUAUAUGCCCUGGGCACGGCCGGGCUGCAACGCUCUGGUAGAAAGUGCUAGGAUAUUUGAUGCGUCAUAAAGGAUCCUGGCAGCCGGAAGCCCACCGUAACGAAACGUGUGCCUCUGUAACCCCUGGCAGGGUUAGACGGGGACUUUGUAUCAGAUGACUCUGGGCAGAUUUUGGCAGACUGGUUGGAAAACACCACGCAGAGCUCAAAUGAGCUCAACGUCCCGCGCGGCUCCAAACCCUCCCCCAGCAGGGCGCAGACCGCCCGGGUCCCUGUCUCUGACAGGGACGCCCUGUCAGAGACGGGGGACGCCAGAGACUCGCCGGCGCCAACUCGCCCAGCGCGCCGGCAGCCCCGCGUCCGGGUCAAUCGCAGGGCCGCAGCCCCUUCCGGCAGACCAGAGGCUGGGAGCCGAGGGGGCUCUGCCCGAGCCACGCUCCCAUUGGCUGAGACCGCACCGCCCAGACCAAGUUGAGCUGUUCCCGCACCUGUGAGCGGCAGAGGCUCCGGGCCUUCCCCGGCCGCGGGCCCACCACCAACCCAGCAUCUCCGGCCUGCGCCCGCGGCGCCUCCAACUUGCUCGGUCCUCCUCCUCCCCCGGUCCUGCGGCCUCUGCGGUCCUCCAGUGACAGCCGGCUCAGCUCCUGCUCAAGGAAACUGGACCGGCGGCCUGACUGCUGUCCAGCAUCCUUCCCGAGGGCGCAGCUUGAGGGGAGGAAGCACUCCCCCUCCCCCCAACCAAGUCCCCGAGAACAGAGCCUCGUGGAGGACGCGACAGGAGGACGAGGGAUGAGGGAACAACCAGAGAGAUGCGAGCGAAGCUUUUAGGCCAGCCUUCCUGAAUUGGAGGGGGUGUGGCAUGCAUUAAAAUUAAACAUCAAUGACCUGAGAAGCUUAUAAAAUAGCUUGGGAGAAGCCAGUCACCAAGAGAAGACAUCUCGAAUUGGAUGAUUUUGCGUGCGGAAACUGCUUUCAUCUUGAUAAAAAAGGUCCACCUCCAGCCACCCAGCUCCAAGAUGGUCCCAGCUCUGCUGCUGCUGCUUCCUGCCCUGGCUGGACUCUUAGGAGCAGCUGAGGGACAAGCUUUCCAUCUCGGGAAAUGCCCAAAUCCUCCAGUGCAGGAGAACUUUGACGUGAAUAAGUAUCUUGGAAGAUGGUAUGAAAUUGAGAAGAUCCCAGUGAGCUUUGAGAAGGGAAGUUGCAUCCAAGCCAACUACUCGCUAAUGGAAAACGGAAACAUCAAAGUGAUAAACAAGGAGCUGAGAGCUGAUGGAACUGUGAAUCAAAUUGAAGGUGAAGCCACCCAGGAGAACGUCACGGAGCCCGCCAAGUUGGCAGUUAAGUUUUUCUGGUUCAUGCCAUCAGCUCCAUACUGGGUCCUGGCCACCGACUAUGAGAACUACGCCCUCGUGUACUCCUGUACCACAAUCAUCUGGCUUUUUCACAUGGAUCAUGUUUGGAUCUUGGGAAGAAACCCUUAUCUCCCUCCAGAAACAGUGACCUAUCUCAAAGAUAUCCUGACCUCUAAUGACAUUGACAUUGAGAAAAUAGCUGUCACAGAUCAGGUGAACUGCCCUGAGUUCCUAUAACCAGGCUCUAAAGGGAGGCUGCAUUCACUCCAUGUUCCUUCCUUUGCUUUGCUUUUCCCCUACACCACCCCCCUCAUAAAGACAAACCAAACCACCACAGCAAACUAUUACAAAUACCAGAAGGGAAAUGUGACAGCAGAAGCUAGUGGAGAGGAACUCAAGGCAAGUUGGCUCAAACACUUAGCCAUGCACCAUCCUGUUACCUUGCAAGCCUGAUAAUAAACUUGCUGCUGACCUGCUGUGCUCACAGUAGACUACAAAUUGGACUAAUUAUUGGGAGUUUUUAAUUCUAAGCUUAUGUUUGGAAAUCCUUAAGCAGUUAUGUUGAAAAAAAAAAAAAGAAACACUGAACAAUUUAAAGGUAACAAUCUUGUUUCUAGAAAGGGAAAGCUGAUGGCAAAGGCACAUACCAGGUGACCUGAAUCCAGGUGGCCCCAUCCUGCAGUAGGCAGUCCAUAGCGGGGAAUCAUUUUGAGUUUUUGAGUCUCUGACAGGCAGUUUCCUGGACGCAUUUACUUUCUUAUCAGGAGGUCUUCAGAGUCAGGUGAAGAAUGGGACCAUCUUGGGUCUGUGCAAGGAAGAAGAGAAUCUAUGAGGGUGAAGCUAUGGGAAUUUUUUUAAGAAAAUAAUUUUUGGGUCUUUUAUUCAACUGAUAUUUACUGGGACCCAACUGCAUUCCAGGCAUUGAAAAAUACAGACUCCGUCUCCUCCCACAGCAGCUCACAGACUAGGGAGGGAGAUUGACAAGUAAAGACACAAUUUUAAUCCAAGCUGAGGGGUCCAUAGGCAGAGGCAUGUGGAGGGAGCCAUGGGAGCUCUGAGAAGGUCUCAACCCCUGCCAGGCAUAGGUACCCACAAGGUUAUACAGUCACAUCUCAGAGUGUCCCAGCUUCAAGGAGUCAGGAACCACCAGGAGUUUGUUGUUGUUGUUGUUUUUUACAUUUUACUAUUAAAAUCAGAACAAUCUCAGAAUCAUCACCCUGCGAUUACUCUUAGGUCACAUAACAUUUGUAAUCCACUAAUGUUUUGGGAAAUGAAUAGAAGAUGAAGCCAUUUGAUUAGCUUUUUGCGUUUUCAGCAUGAGUAUAAAAUAUUUCCUUGAGCACUUGAGACGCUUCACUGCUUUAUAUUAAAGGUUAUAAAAUUUCCAAGACACUUAAUAUGUAUAAUUUUCAUUUUACUAAAUAAAUAUGACCUCAAAAUGUA